ACAGGACCGCCCGCGCGGGGGUUCGUAUGGGACACAGGGCGCAGCUGGCCAAGGACGAGCCCAAAUAGGGCUAUCUCGGGGAGGCCCGGACGUUUCCGGAAGCACGCAGCGUGCAGUGCGACAUGCGAGGCUCGCGCCUGCAUACGGCCGCGUUACGUCGCCUAGCGCCACAUAUAAAACCGACGAUCGACCCCCGCCUGCAGUCCGCCACAUCCUUCACGCACGCAAAUUGCGUCUCUUGCUCUUGACCACGACAUCCUAUAUACCGCGGAGGACCCGAGGAACUCGCGCACACCCAUUGAAAUGGCCGUCGCAGUCACAGAACGCGCAGCAAGCGCGCCCUCAUGCAAAUGCGCGCCAGCAGACUUGCCCCCGGAGCUGGUGGACGAGAUAAUGCGCCACCUGCGCGACGACAAGCGCACGCUCAACGCCUGUUCCCUCGUUUCCCACAGCUGGAUACCCGCCAGCCGGAGAUACCUCUUCAAUCGUCUAGAACUCCGCAUCGACACGUUCUGCCACUUCUUCAUGUUCGCUGCUGAGAUGGUGUACACCGAGGUCGUCACCAUGUACUCGCAGCUCCUCUCCUUCCUCCGCCAGCACCCCGACAUCACCUCCUGCGUGCGCGAGCUCUCCAUCCAAACCGACUUCCAGUUCGGCCUCGACAGCCGCCCGGAGCUGGUCUCCGUCGUAUGCGGCAUCCUUAACCAACUCACUAGUCUACACAUCCUUGAGGUCGACUCCCUCAUUCCCCACUGGGAUCAACUGAGCUGGCGCUUCCGCAAGAGCGUGCACGACGCGCUCCAGCUUCCCUCUCUCACCGAAUUUCAUCUCAGUUGCGAGAGUGUGUCGCAGAGCAGCCUCGACGCGCUUCUGAGCGAUGCUCACAGCCUAAAGACGUUCACGCUCUCGCGGGUGACCAUCCGCGAAGACGGAGAUGAAGGCAUGUAUGGAGACGAGUGGGAUCUGUCCCACAAGGCGCAGCUGGAUGCCCUUCAUCUCACUCUGAGCCGGCCACGUUACGACUGGUUCUUGGAGGGUCACUGCCCGCUCGACCUGGACGAAGUGCGCGAGCUCGUGAUAGGCGUCCACCUCGACCGGCCAGACGACCUCAACGCCUUCCAGCUCGUCGACGCACUGGGCGCGUCAUUGGAGCACCUCGAGCUCGACGUGUCCCACACGGCUGAUUCUCGCGCCGUCACGCUCCCCGCACUCAAUCUGUGGAAGACACCCCAGCUGCGGGUUCUGUCCCUGACGAACUCGCAGGGCGUGCUUUCCAUGGACGCCGACUCGUGGCUGGUCGGCUUCCUGUCGUCCCUGCACUGGGAGUACACGCCCGAGUGCCGGCUCGCGCCUGCGUGCGCCAUCGAGGAGGUGGAGAUCACUUUCGAGGCGGCGCAUGUCGACGCGCGGAGGACGUCGUGGGAGGCGCUCGAGAAUGCGCUCUGCGCGCCGGCGCUGGAGGGGCUCAAGCGCGUGUACAUGGUCGUCAUGUACGACAACUUCACGCGCAAGUCCGCGAUGCACUUCAACCCUACAUUCCCGACGCUGUGCUCGCGCGGCGUCGCGGUUCACGUUACCCAUCGGCGCAGCACCUACCACUAAGCUGCGUUGAACAAUCUACUAUUCGCCACACACUACGCACUCUACAUAGAAGUCCUCGGUUUCUUUCUAUCCUCUACUCGUCUCUGCUGUCUGUAACUGUCGCUGUACACUCUGGAUCUCUCACCUUUCCCGUCCCACUUCUCAUGUCUCCCCGCUCAUCUCUUGUCCUGUACUCACCUCACGACCCCCUCUGACGAUCUUCUUGUACCUCAUAAUGUAACGGGCGCACUACUGUUGCUCGCAUCACAAAAUGGACAAGCUUUGCACCCCUUGUCCAUCAUAUACGGACUUUUCGCUAUACCCUUUCUCUUGCUACAACUCAUCACUGUACCGCAGUAGGCCCCGGUACCCGCAUACCUUAGACGCCCUACUCUAGAUGCCUUCUUUGGAUCCUGAAUGAAGUGCUGACCCGAUGCACUUGCGCUGUCUCG